CGGCAUGGCAGGCCCAUUAUGUCAUCAUUGCCGCGGGUGUCCUGUUGAACCGACUCCAUGUAAUGAUCCUAAAGGAGUGUGCUUUCGAGGAGCAUCAAGAGGAAGUCACCGGGGGAAGCAAGCGAGUUGGAACGGUUCCGGGGCAACCCAGGUACCAAGUAUCCAAUCAUGGGCCCCUGUUGACAUGAGCAGGUUUCAGGGAACGCAACCAGGACAUGGCCAUCCGAGGCUAUCUCAACGGGCGGGUCAAACAUCGGCUAAUGGAUACUGUGGGCCAGCGAGUUCUGAAAUAAAAGAUAGCCUUGAUGAGGGUGGAGGGAGUGGGGAUUGGCUGUUUGACACCUCCAAAAUUCCCGAUCACCCCAGAUUCUAUUUCAGUCCCAAGCAGGAAAGGAUCCCACGCGACAUACAAGGAAUUACGAGGGCGAAAACCCAGGAGGAGAAAGCAGGGUCCUGGCAAGAAGUGGAAUAAGCAACGAGUUAUCAAUUUGCCUUUCAUGCGUUGUUGAAUUCUUCAG